AUGAUCCGCGAACAUCCAAAUGAAGUAUUCAAAGCCAGGCUAAAUGAAAAUGGAGAUACACUGCUCCUCUUGGCCGUCAAUGAAGCUAAAAAGGGGUCAGUCAACAGGCUGGUGGAUAAGAUUGCACCAGAUUUACUGGCUCAGACUGACAACUUUGGGAAUACAGCGCUUCACUUAGCAGCAAAAGUUGGACUUGUUGAAGAUGCCAAAAUACUGCUUGAACUUCAGUGGUUUAAGAAAGUGAGCGAGCUUGUAACGCCUCAAGAAUUAAAGUCGAAGAAUGGACAAAAAAAGAUGCCAUUUGUACUCUUCCAAGAUCAGCACGCUGAAAUGGCUGCAAAAGAAAAAGAAUGGAUGAGAGGAAUUGCAACUGCAAGCUCAGUUGCAGGAUCACUCGUUGCCACAGUGGCAUUUGCUGCCGCAUUCCAAGUACCUGGAGGAAACGAUUCCAAUGGCAUACCCAAUUUCUCCAACGAAAGUUCCUUCAUGGUCUUCGCCAUUGCAGAUGCUCUUGCACUUUUUUCUUCUAUCACUAGUGUUCUAACCUUCUUAUCCAUUUUCACCUCCCGCUAUGGAGUUCGUGAUUAUCUUCGUGCCUUGCCCCACAGAGUGAUAAUUGGUCUAAUUUCGAUGCUCUUCUCUUUCAUAUUUUUAACGAUUGCCUUCGGUUCUGCAUUAUUUAUUGUAUUUGUUCAUAAAAAUGACCUGAUUCGCGUACCAAUAGUCGCACUCUCUUGCAUACCAGUGAUCUUGUAUGCAAAGCUUCAGCUUCCUUCCCUCCUUGCUAUGAUCAAAUCCACAUUUUAUCCAAGCAUUCUCCACUGGUAG